UACACAAAGGCCUCGGCAUCACGGCUGCGGGAUCGGCUGCAGGUUAAAAAUGACAAGGAAUUUGUCUACUGGAAUCUCGAACAGAACACACCAGUUUUGCUGUCUCUGUCCAGAUAUUUAAUAGUCAUAGUCAUACUUUAUUGAUCCCGGGGGAAAAUGGUUUUCGUUACAGUUGCACCAUACAGUGGAAGAAGUGAAACAAGGCAUUCACUCAAUCAUCCCUCCUGCUCAGAUGAUGGGGAGUGAUUCUCUCGAUCAUCAGACCGAUUGGCAUACCCGUCAUUUUACACAGGGGGGAAUCCAUUCAUCUGAUCAUACAGUGGGAAUGAAUUCAAUCGGUCAUCUCAACUGAAGGUACGUCAUCAAGUUCACACUGGGACAAGGCCAUUCACCUGUUCUGUGUGUGAGAAGGGAUUGAGUCGGUCUUUCCAUCUGUGGACACACCAGUCAGUUCACCCUGGGCAGGGGCUGGUUGUCUGCUGAACUUGUUGGGAAGAAUUCACUCGAUCAUCUGACCUAAUGUCUCACCAGCGAGUUCACACCGGGGAGCAGCCGUUCACCUGCUCGGACUGCGGGAAGGGAUUCACUCGCUCAUCUAAAUUGAAGGUACAUCAGCGAGUUCACACUGGAGAGAGGCCAUUCAUCUGCUCGGAAUGUGGGAAAGGAUUCACUCAAUCAUACCAUCUGCUGACACACCAGCGAGUUCACACUGGGGAGAGACCGUUCACCUGCUCAGACUGCGGGAAGGGAUUCACUUGCUCAUCUAAACUGAAGGUACAUCAGCGAGUUCACACUGGGGAGAGGCCAUUCAUCUGCUCAGACUGUGGGAAGGGAUUCACUUGGUCAACCGAUCUGCUGACACACCAGUCAGUUCACUCUGGGGAGAGACCAUUCACCUGCUCAGUCUGUGGGAAGGGAUUCACUUGCUCAUCUCAACUGAAGGUGCAUCAGCGAGUUCACACUGGGGAGAGGCCAUUCACCUGCUCAGAUUGUGGGAAGGGAUUCACUUGCUCAUUUAAACUGAAGGUACAUCAGCGAGUUCACACUGGGGAGAGGCCAUUCAGCUGCUCAGAUUGUGGGAAGGGAUUCACUUGCUCAUCUAAACUGAAGGUACAUCAGCGAGUUCACACUGGGGAGAGGCCGUUCACCUGCUCAGUCUGUGGGAAGGGAUUCACAUGCUCAUCUCAACUGAAGGUGCAUCAGAGAGUUCACACUGGGGAGAGGCCGUUCACCUGCUCAGAAUGUGGAAGGGGAUUCACUGUGUCAUCCGAACUGCUAAUACACAAGUCAGUUCACACUGAGGAGAGGCCGUUCACCUGCUCAGUCUGUAGGAAAGGAUUCACUUGCUCAUCUCAACUGAAGGUGCAUCAGCGAGUUCACACUGGAGAGAGGCCGUUCACCUGCUCAGACUGUGGGAAGGGAUUCACUACAUCAUCCCAACUGAAAGUACAUCAGCGAGUUCACACUGGGGAGAGGCCGUUCACCUGCUCAGACUGUGGGAACGGAUUCACUCAGUCAUCUCAUCUGAAGGUGCAUCAGAGAGUUCACACUGGGGAGAGGCCAUUCACCUGCUCAGACUGUGGGAAGGGAUUCACUCGGUCAUCUAAACUGAAGUUACAUCAACGACUUCACACUGGGGAGAGGCCGUUCACCUGCUCGGUCUGUGGGAAGGGAUUCACUACAUCAUCUGAACUCAAAGUACAUCAGCGAGUUCACACUGGGGAGAGGCCGUUCACCUGCUCAGAAUGUGGAAGGGGAUUCACUCGGUCAUCCCAACUGCUGGUACACAAGUCAGUUCACACUGGGGAGAGGCCGUUCACCUGCUCAGAAUGUGGAAGGGGAUUCACUGUGUCAUCCGAACUGCUAAUACACAAGUCAGUUCACACUGAGGAGAGGCCGUUCACCUGCUCAGUCUGUGGGAAAGGAUUCACUUGCUCAUCUCAACUGAAGGUGCAUCAGCGAGUUCACACUGGAGAGAGGCCGUUCACCUGCUCAGACUGUGGGAAGGGAUUCACUACAUCAUCCCAACUGAAAGUACAUCAGCGAGUUCACACUGGGGAGAGGCCAUUCACCUGUUCAGAUUGUGGGAAGGGAUUCACUUGCUCAUCUAAACUGCAGGUACAUCAGCGAGUUCACACUGGAGAGAGGCCGUUCACUUGCUCAGUCUGUGGGAAGGGAUUCACUCAGUCAUCUCAACUGAAGGUACAUCAGAGAGUUCACACUGGGGAGAGGCCGUUCACCUGCUCAGACUGCGGGAAGGGAUUCCCUCGGUCAUCCAGCCUACUGGUACACAUGUCAGUUCACACUGGGGAGAAGCCGUUCACCUGUUCAGACUGUGGGAAGGGAUUCACUCAGUCAUCCAGCCUACUGGUACACAUGUCAGUUCACACUGGGGAGUGGCCAUUCACCUGUUCAGACUGCGGGAAGGGAUUCACUCAGUCAUCUCAACUGAAAGUACAUCAGCGAGUUCACACUGGGGAGAGGCCAUUCACCUGUUCAGACUGCGGGAAGGGAUUCCUUCGGUCAUCCAGCCUACUGGUACACAUGUCAGUUCACACUGGGGAGAAGCCGUUCACCUGUUCAGACUGUGGGAAAGGAUUCACUCAGUCAUCCAGCCUACUGGUACACAUGUCAGUUCACACUGGGGAGUGGCCAUUCACCUGUUCAGACUGCGGGAAGGGAUUCAGUCGGUCAUCUCAACUGAAAGUACAUCAGCGAGUUCACACUGGGGAGAGGCCAUUCACCUGUUCAGACUGUGGGAAGGGAUUCACUCAGUCAUCUCAACUGAAAGUACAUCAGCGAGUUCACACUGGGGAGAGGCCAUUCACCUGUUCAGACUGUGGGAAGGGAUUCACUCGGUCAUCUCAACUGAAAGAACAUCAGCGAGUUCACACCGGGGAGAGGCCAUUCACCUGCUCAGACUGUGGGAAGGGAUUCACACAGUCAUCUCAUCUGAUGGUACAUCAGAGAGUUCACACUGGGGAGAGGCCGUUCACCUGCUCUGUGUGUGGGGAGGGAUUCACUCAGUCAUCUGAACUGAAGGUACAUCAGCGAGUUCACACUGGGGAGAUGCCGUUCACCUGCUCAGACUGUGGGAAGGGAUUCACUUGCUCAUUCCACCUACAGAGACAUCAGCGUGUUCACACUGGGGAGAGGCCAUUCAACUGCUCAGAGUGUGGGAAAGGAUUCACACAGUCAUCUCAUCUGAAGUUACAUCAGCGUGUUCACACUGGGGAGAGGCCGUUCACCUGCUCAGACUGUGGGAAGGGAUUCACUACAUCAUCCCAACUGAAAGUACAUCAGCGAGUUCACACUGGGGAGAGGCCAUUCACCUGCUCAGACUGUGGGAAGGGAUUCACUUGGUCAUCUCAACUGCAGAGACACCAGCAAGUUCACAAUGGGUAGAGGCUGAUCACCUGCUCAGACUCUGGGAAGAGAUUCUGUCAGCCAUAUCAACCAAAUGUGCAUCAUUGAGUUCACACUGGGGAGAGGUUGUUCACCUGCUGUGAAUGUGGGAAGCGAUUCACUCAGUCAUCUAACCUUAUCUAACUCGCGCUUCGGCUGGCAGCGUAAUAUAGGGGGUGAUAGUCCCCCAGCCCGGCCCAACUUCAGAAAUCUCGUUUGGGUGGAUGCUGCAUGAUGUGUCCCCGGUUACAAAUCAGUACCCUGUGUGACGGGGUCCUGAAUUACCCCUAUGAACUGUGCUCGAUUACCCCUAUUAACUGUGCUUUUGAAAAGAGAGAGAGAGAGAGUUAUUUAACAUCGAUAGCUUGUUUUGAAAGAGAGAGAGACAAAGACUAACUGUGGGACUGUCACUUUAAGGCACAAGAAAGAACUCGUUAACUUUAGGCAUUCUGCUGAGUUGGAGAAAGCACCGAGCAGCUCGUAAGUUGCAAUUGUAACCGAAGGCGGUAUUAUUUAAUGGACACUUGAUGUCAUAUUUUUGGCAGGUUGUUGACACUUUCUUCAAGGAUUUUUGCCUGCUUGGAGUUCUUUCACAGGGAGAGAAUGGAAGAGUUAUUUGAAUGAUAGUUGACGCUCAGCACGGGAAGAUAAAAUAGGUCAGAUGAUAGACCUCAGACACAUGUUUGGACACUGAAUGAGCAUUGUUGUGCCCGCAGGUAAAGUGGGUUUUGGAGGAUCGAUCCAUCGCUCUUGCAGUGGAAAGAGGAAAAGGGUUGACUCGUGGGGAGUUGUCCAUGUGUCCACCCUUGCCUGAGGGAUAGCUCCACCAUAGAAAACCAGUCCCCUUUGUUAAACUCACAGUCGGUGACUUUUAAAGGAUUUCAAAGGACAACGAGAAGAUCAACGGCAUCAGCUCACCUGAAGACUCAAAUCUCUGUCUCCCUCUCUCUCCAUCACUACUCAACUCAAUACCACGAACUGAACUGAACUGAACUUUACUUAUCAUCGUAAGACUGUAUCUUUUUACCCCUAGACUUAAAGAAGCUUGGUUUUUUAUACAUAUAUAUUCCACACUUACUUUUAUGUAAUCAUUACUAACCUGUUUGAUUUAUCUACAUUUAUAUUAUUGUAUUGCGUAGUUACUAAUAAAUAUUAUUAGUUUAUAGCAAUACUGGACUUCAAAGUGUUUUCCAUCUCUGCUGGUUCUUUAUUCCCGUCACAGGCUACGUAUACAAAAUUGGGGCUCGUCCGGGAUAUGAACCCUGGACCUCUUACAAAAUUGGGGCCUGCAUCAGUGUUAUGAACAAAAUUGGUUGGGAGGCUUGUUUGAAUUGAUUGGGGAAAAUCCCGUUUGAUUUGGUUGUGUGGAAAUGCAGCAGAAAUGGAUGUUAGUAUUGAGGAUGAGCUUCAGCUUCUGUUGGAAAAAUUAAGAAUGGAGCAUGAAUUGAAAUUAAAACGGCUUGAGAGAGGCUAGAAAGGCAGCAAGAUGUAGACAAGAGGCAGCAAGACAGAGCGAAGGGUAGGAAAACAGAGAGAAGAGGCAGAAAGACAGAGACAGCCGAGAUGGAGAUAUGGCAAUGUGAAGAUCAGGUGGCAGACGACAAGCAGAAGCGGUUCAAGCUGGAAAAGAUAGGGAAGUUGCAGCAAAGAGGUUUAGUGUUGGACCCUGAUGAUUUUUACAGCUCGGAAGGGCUUGUUUUGUGUGAUGAAUUGAAAAGUUGUGUUCUUGAUGAUGUAAGGGCAUACCCUGAUGCAGAGGAUGCCGCUACCCUGCAGGGGUUUGAUAAGAAAGCAGACAAAGAAGUUUUAACCCACGAGGUUGAGUUUACUCCCAAAGAGAAUUUGCCAGAGAAUAGCUGGGAGGUUCGGGGUGACCUUGAAUUUGAAACUGGGACAAAUGAUGACAGCCCAGAAGAGGCAGCUGUCCCGAUUUAAUGUGUUCAGGUUGUGGAAGUACCUGUGAAUUCACAGGGUUCUGAACCUUAUGUUAAAGCUCAGUUAAAAUCUGAGGUGCCUGACUUGGUUGAAAAGGAAUGCAGGUUUUGUGUGUCAGAUGAUCUUGGUUCAGUGAAUAAGGGGUUAACCUUGGUACUGGUGGAAUGUGAGGAUUCUCAGUUACUUGUAUUAGACCGUGGUUUAAAGGCUGGUGAAGAAGUGGGUUCUGGUGAGGUCAGUGUUGCUGAAAAUAAUGGGAAAAGUGCUGUUCCUGGACUUUUGGAUAAAGUGCUGGAAAAGUUUGGAUUGGUUGCGCGACCUUUGACCCUGCUUGCGGGACAAAGGCCUGCCGAGCAAGGAUGUGCUACUCUGUGGAAUUUUGUUUGGACACUUCAGCACCUGCAAGCUAAUUCAGUGUAAUAUUAUGGAGAUAAGUCGGAGAAAUUUGAUGAACGGAUUGUUUGGUCUCUUCCAUAAUGUAUACAUGGUUCCCAUAAGCCUGAUGAUGGUGCUGAGUUUAGUAAGCAAUGGAGACAUGUUGACAGCUCUCCACGAUAAGAGUGUUUCAGCAAUUCAGCUGAUGAGCAGAGCUGCUGUUGAGGCCUACGGUAGGAAAACCAGAGGUUUAAAUUAUAAUGAUGUAUCACAGACUUUUCUACCUUCCAGAUUUCGGCAGGACUUUGAGAGUAAGGUGUAUGGGAAAGACUUGUCUUUAUUGAGGAAGGUAUUUACAGAGAGCAUUUUCGGUGGCUGCAAUGCUGGGUCCCAUUAGCGGUAUCAGUGCACAUUUACUAUGAGUUCGCAGUAUUUUGUGAAUAAAACGCGCCCGAGUCGUUUUAAUGGCUUUGUAAAAGUUUCAAACCUUCAGCUGAAUAACGAGGAAAAGAAUAUCAACCCUCUUACAGUCUCGUCAUUAUGUCAGGCACCACCUCUUAAUGGGAACAAAACGAUUGCGGGAUUGAAGGGGCGAGUAUAAAUUCCGGGAUCAGCGAACAUUUACCGUGAGUUCGUAAGAUUUUGCGAAUAAAACAUGCCCCGUUCGUGUUAUGUGCUUAAUAAAAAGUAGAGACCUUUACUU